ACAGGGAUAGCUGAAUCGAUGAACUUUCGUUACGAGUCUAUUGCCGAUAUACCACUGACACCGAGACUGGAAAUAAAUAUUUACCCACUGGGGCUGCUUAUUGUAGAGACCGCGGCUAAUGCGCCGUGGGUCACAGAAAACCUGAAGAGUAACGGUAAUCUGGACGCUUCACCUUCUCUCUAUAGAUUCAGUGCUUGGAUUCAGAUUCAGACUACAUUCACCAUCCCACGGGCUGAUCACUACAUGGCAUUCACUGGAAAGAAUCUUGAGUCGACUACCCCAUCAGUGAUUGGUAUCGCCGCCACCGGUUCUAUCUGUGGUUCGAUCACCGUGUCCGUUGUGGAAGAUAGUCGUAAUUCCGUGGUCGCCACGGUAGCAGCUCAUGAACUGGGGCAUAGCUUAGGCAGCUCACACGAUGGUUAUGGGUCAUCAUCGUCCUGUACGCCUAAACUGAAUUAUGCUAAAGUGAUGUCGAGGUAUUCAAUGUUCCCUUUGUCUGAGAGCACAAGACAGAACCCAUGGACUUUCUCCAUCUGUUCAGCCAGAGCCUUUCAGCUCAAGUUAAGACAGGUGAGCUGCACACACAAUCACCACCCCUCUCCUCCAGCCUCAGCCCGACUUGGUCAGGUGUACAACGCAGAUCAACAGUGUCAGCUUGCCUUUGGAACCAACCUCUGUAGAUGGGUGUACGGGGAUCCUCAAUCUGAUACGCCAGGUUACGACAAACUAUGUUACUACACGAGGUGCUACCAUCCCAAUGUAAAAGGCAGCUGUGGUGCCAAAAUAAUAGCCCAUGAAUAUACGACGUGUGGAAACCAAAAGUGGUGUAUCAAAGGGCUGUGUGUUCAUAGUCCGGAUGCCCCGGCUGCUUACGACGACUGUGCACAAGGUGACGAGACAGGUUAUGGGUGUACUCUGGAUAGGUGCCGAUGGAUGGACGAAAUUAAUCAGAUCGCCCAUUGCUGCGCUACAUGUCACCAAAACUCUACAACAUCGCCUACAACGUCACCUACCACGUCACCUACAACGUCGCCUACUACGUCGCCUACAACGUCACCUACAACGUCGCCCACAACGUCACCUACAACAUCGCCUACCACAUCGCCUACCACAUCGCCUACAACAUCGCCUACCACGUCGCCUACUACAUCGCCUACCACAACUACGACGACAACAACGACGACAACAACUACUGCUCCAUACUGUGGGAGGUGGUGCCAAUGCCGAAAAUACAAACGUUACGGACUGUGUUCGCUAUGCAGAUACAGCAGGUGGUUACGACGUCUGUGCCGAUAUUGCCGAUGUUGGAGGAGGCACUACUGGGGGAGACGUUACUGGGGGAGACGUUACUGGGGGCGCCGUUGAGUUUGGGGUCACGAACGCCUUGUGAAGAGUCCCAGUCCAACAACACGCUGGUGCCAUCUUCUAUUGGUUUCCAGUUAAUUAUAAUCCAUGGACUAUCUAUUAUUCUUAACUGCUACUGGGUCUCUCGACGUGUGUUUGUUUGUUUGUUUGUUUGUUUUUGUGAGGGUUUUUUUGUCAGUUUGUUUUCAUGUUGUUGUUUUGUUUUGGAUUUGUUCUCCUUUUUUCUUGGCUUUUUAUGUGGAUUUGCUGUUUUUGACUUUUCUUCUUCUUCUUAUCCUUCGUGCGGUUAUUUCAGAGUUUGUGGGGGUUUUUAUUGCCUAGACGGUUGUAAUAUAAUAUAUUGUUUUUAUUAUUGUUUCGCUUUUUGUUUUUGUUUUUGUUUGUUGUUUUUCGGGGUUUUUAGGUGUGUUUUUUUUUCCAUGUCUGUUUCAGACGUCGUGGGUUUUUGAUGUUUCCUAGGUGAUCGUAAAAUACUAAAUAAUUUAUUGAUAAUUAUAAUAUAUCAUGCGGGCGUCUUUCAUACAUUUAUAUUCGAUACCAACACACACACACACACACACACACACACACACACACAAAGACACACACAAAACACACAGAUACACGUAGACACAAACACACACCCACACUUACAUACAAACACACACACACACACACACACACACACACAAACGCGCGCGCACACACAACACACACAAACACAACAUACAUGCACACACGAAAAAACAAAGACACACAAAACGAACACAAACACACACACACACACACACUUCUUUUUUCUAGUCUAAUGUAGUGAAAAGUGCUUAUUCCUCGCUGCCUGUCAAUAAACAAAGAUUGAAAAUAA